AUGGAGUGCCAUGUGGAGCGGCUGCCCGAUUCCUCAGAAAAUGAUCCAACACCAACAACUUCAACAUUGGAAGUAACGAACGACCAAGGGCUCCAAAUUCUCGUAGACCAUGGUGCCGAAACCAUCUGCCACCGCAGCACCCAAAGUGCCGGCGACCGAGACACCCAAAUUCUCGUCAGCCACGACGCUCAAGCUGAUGCCGACAGCGGCGCCCAAGCGGCUGCCAAAACUCCUCUGGAAAAGUUACCGGAAGGGAAAGAGAUGAAUAAAAGCCAGGAAGAACUUCCUUAUGAACUUGAGAACCAGUUUAUAUUGCGUCUGCCUCCGGAGCAUGCUUCUGCUGUCAGGAACAUAGUGCAUUCUAGAUGUGUCACCAUGAAGGAUAAACUAAAAAUUGACUUAAUUUCUGAUGGGCGUCCUGCACGUGUUGAGGUAGGCGAUGUUUCUCUAACUGCUGAGCUGGUUGAUUUGCCUUGUGUUAUCGGAAGCCUGAAAACUGUUGAUAAAAAGAUCUUUUAUAAAACAGCAGAUAUUUCCCAGAUGCUUGUAUGCACUGCUAAUGAUGAUCUCCAGUCUUCUCCAGAAGAACCAGACACCUCUACUGAUCCUAAAGAAAUGGAGAAAAAUGAAAAGACGAGAGAGAAAAACUAUGCCUGGAAGCACGGCAUUACUCCACCACUCAAGAAUGUCAGAAAGAAAAGGUUCCGGAAAACAGUAAAAAAGGUUAGUCGCAUGCUAUUUGCGUGUCUGCUGGGUAGCUUUGAAGAGGAUUAUGAGCAGGAAGGACAGGGAGAAAGAUGGGAAGUCACUGGUGAAGGUGCAACCAAGGAUCAUAACAUUCCAGGCUUUAAGAUAUCCCCAGGAAUGAGUGGCUACAAGCAGGAUCAUAACACAUUAGGAUAUGAUAUGCUUUGGGAGAUGUUCAGACAUUCUAGCAGUAACGAUGAUGAGGAAGACAAGGAGAAGGAGGAGGAGAAGGAUGAAGACAAGAAAGAUGAUGAGAAUGAGGAUGAAGAUGAGGAAGUGGAGGAGGAACAUGAUUUUGAAGAGGAUCUGGAAAGGGAGCUAGAGGCCAGGUUUACUGACUCUGGCCAGUAUGAGGCAAUGGAAGAUGGCAGUUCAAUAGACAUAGAAAUUCACAAGCAGAUUUAUUACACGGAGAAAAAGCUCCAAGAGAUUAAGAACAGAGCACAAAGACAGAAGACUCUCAUCAUGAAAGUAGAAAACCUGAUGCUCAAGAAUCAUUUAUACUCUGUGCUGGAGCAGCUUACAUUACAGGAAAAACAGAAAAAUGAGCAGGACUGUGGCUGGUUGUUAUUCACCAGCUAA